AUGAUACCUUGGAAUCUGAAAACCACUAUUGGUCUAGGACUCAAGUUUUGUCCUACUCCUCCUGCUCUAACUAUGAAAGAUUAUGAAUAUGCUUUUGACAACAUGACGAGAGGAAUCCACUUAGCAUUCCACUUUGCGGAUUUCUCUAAUAAUUUUGUCAAAACCAAUAUUUAUGUGCCGAACAAAUCUUUCAUACCGGACAAUGUCCCCGAAGAGGUUAUUGAUACUUUCAGAUUUCUGAAAAUUAACUUUUUAGACCAGGUUCGGGAUUUCUACAAGAAUAGGAAACUAUUCAGAUGCAAUUUAGAAUCUGGACAAAGGGUUUUCUUAAAAGAAUUUAAGGACAACAAACAUCUGAAAGUCAUCAAUACUGAUAAAAACCAAGGUCCUGCAUUAAUGACUACAAUGCAGUAUGUAAAUUGGUGUAGCGACCAUUUACAGACAAAUGCUUAUCUCCAAAUUCCUGAGUGCAAUAAAGAGGAGAUAUUGACAAGGUGUCGAGAUAAGAUCCUUGGUUUUUAUCAGCAAGUAAGAAGAAAGAUGGGUAAAAAUAAUGAGUUUAUGAAACUGACCAGAAUCAUCCUGCAUGAUCUGUAUAAGACUAAACUCAGUUAUUUUUACGGGUUAGCCAAAGUGCACAAAAAGGACUUUCCUAGAACUGCACCAGACAUUCGUCCAUUAGUAGCAUGUGUGAACACACCUAUUACUGGUCUGUCGAAAUGGUUACACCACUAUCUACUACCUAUAGUAGAGACCGUCCCUUCUUACAUCAGGAAUUCUGAUGAUAUCCUGACUGCUAUUCAGGAUACCAUUUUGUCACCUCACCAUGAAAUAAUGUCUUUAGAUAUUUCAGCCUUAUAUACUUCCAUUCCUAUUAUGGAAGCAUUCAGGGUAAUUAAAAAAUAUAUUCUAGAGCAUUAUGGACCAAUUCAGGGUGGUUUGCUUGUAGAGGCUCUUCAUUUAAUUCUAAAUACAAGUUAUUUUGAAUUCUAUGAUAAGCUCUACAUUCAAACGAACGGAAUUCCUAUGGGGAAUCCAGCAGCCCCCAGUAUAGCAACACUUUAUGUUGCUUACUAUGAAGCCAUCAAACUAUACCCUCUUUUAAAAUCAAAUCUCAUCCUAUAUAAAAGAUAUUUGGAUGAUACAUUGGUGAUUUUGAAUGACAAUGGUGGAUUCUUAGAGAAAAAGAUGCUGGCCAUCCUUAACAGUAUUCCUGGUCUGAAAUGGACUAAAGAAUCAAUGAAGAAUGGUAAAUUACAAUUCCUGGACAUCUGUAUUCAUACUGAUGGGAAGAAGGUAUGGACUACAUCAGCGGAAAAGGAUACAAAUUUAUUUUUAUAUCCUACCCCUCAUUCGGCACACCCGCCAGGAGUUGUAAAAGGUAUGACCUCAGAAUAUCAAAGAAUUAUUGGGUUCGAAUCGUUUCGUAAACUCGGAAAGUGGAACAUUAUAAAUUAG